GCUAUGUUCUUUCAAGCCAUCUCACACUCAAGCCUCGCUCUCUGAGAACCUAUAGGACACAACUCAGUUGUUAGCAGAGCAAUGGCGGCCACCAACAUGUCCCUCUCCUCAGCCCUUGCCGGCAAGGCAGUGAAGAACAUGUCGCUGGCAGCUCUCUUUGGGGAAGCCCGCGUCACUAUGCGCAAGACUGCGGGAAAAGCAAAGCAGGUUGCUUCAAGCAGCCCGUGGUACGGCACCGAUCGAGUGCUCUACCUCGGCCCACUAUCCGGUGAGCCCCCCAGCUACUUGACCGGUGAGUUCCCUGGUGACUACGGGUGGGAUACCGCUGGGCUCUCGGCUGACCCUGAGACAUUCGCCAAGAACCGCGAGCUGGAGGUGAUUCACUCCCGAUGGGCCAUGCUCGGCGCGCUUGGCUGUGUCUUUCCUGAGUUGCUCGCCCGCAAUGGAGUCAAGUUUGGCGAGGCCGUAUGGUUCAAGGCCGGCUCCCAAAUCUUCAGUGAGGGCGGCCUCGACUAUCUUGGCAACCCUAGUCUCGUCCACGCUCAGAGUAUCCUGGCCAUUUGGGCUGUCCAAGUUGUUCUCAUGGGUGCUGUCGAGGGGUUCCGCAUUGCUGGUGGCCCACUCAGUGAGAUUGUCGACCCACUUUACCCCGGAGGCAGCUUUGAUCCACUUGGCCUAGCUGACGACCCCGAGGCAUUCGCGGAGCUCAAGGUGAAGGAGCUAAAAAACGGCCGCCUCGCUAUGUUCUCCAUGUUUGGUUUCUUUGUGCAGGCCAUAGUUACCGGUAAGGGCCCGCUCGAGAAUCUCGUUGACCACAUCGCCGACCCUGUUAGCAACAAUGCUUGGGCAUUCGCCACCAACUUCGUGCCUGGCAAGUAAGGCACAGACUUUUGUUGCAGCAGCAAGAUGUGGGGUGGUGUGAUAUGUAGCACUAGCAUGAUGUAAAUUACAAGGAUCCGGGGUAAAGCAUUGUUUGGUUUGUCGACAUUGUUUCUCAUGUCCCGCAUCUAGCUUUUCGUGAUCACAGUAAUAUUUCGACAAUCAUUCAAGUAUUUAACCAAUGUCAUCCUCUGCUUCUCAAAAGGAUAACUUAUUCAGUCAUAUACGCCCAGAAAUUUUGUGGCAUUCCGGCAGCAGAUGUCGAAACUCUAGAUGACGUGUGGAGUAAUCUCAAUCUUGGGUGCUCAAACUUGAACGAACAAAAGUAAAGUUUAUGACUUUGUUUUAUUUUAUUUUCAACAAAA